AUGUCUGAUAUUGCCGCAAUUACCGAGAAGCUUGCGCCUCAGCCGGAAGCUGCUUAUCCGAAGACCCCAUUUUACGAGGGACCGGAGGCACCUUGCCGAUUCGAAGGCGAGGUCUACAACUGUAUUGUUCGCGGAACAAUCCCGACGGAAGUCCAGGGUACCUACUAUCGUUGCAUGCCGGACGCUCUUUGGGCACCGAAAUAUGAAGACGAUGUCUUCAUCAAUGGCGAUGGUGCCAUCAAUGCAAUCCGGAUCAAGGAUGGACACGCCGACUUCAAGCAGAAGUAUGUGCGAACUUCGAAGUUCGUGAUCGAACGAGCGGCCCGUCAGGCAGUCUUCGGAAAGUACCGCAACCGCUACACCGAUGAUCCUCGCGUUAAACACGAGAUCCACUCGACCGCGAACACGCAUAUCAUCUACUUUGAGAAGCAACUCCUGGCUCUGAAGGAAGAUUCUCCCCCCUAUGCAAUGGACCCGCACACUUUGGAGACAAAAGGUCCUUAUACCUUCAACGGUCAAUACACUGCGCCGACCUUUACUGCCCACCCGAAGAUUGAUCCUACCAACGGUGAGAUGUUGACUAUGGGGUACGAGGCUAAAGGUGAUGGCACAACCGACGUUGCCUAUUAUCUUUUCAGCAAGGAGGGCGAGAAGUUGGAAGAAUGCUGGUUCAACGCCCCCUAUGUUGGAAUGAUGCAUGAUAUGGCAGCAACCGACAAUUGGGUGAUUUUAAUUGUCCCACCGCUUGAAACCCAGCCCCUCGAUGAGAUCAAGAAAGGAUCCAAGCACUUUGCGUGGGCCGAGGAAAAGCCAUUGACCUUCGGAAUCUUGCCCCGUCGCAACCCCAAGCCGGAAGACAUCAGAUGGUUCACUUACAAGAACGCAUUCUACGGACACACUGGAAAUGCAUUUGAUGGCGAGGAUGGUUGUGUUUAUCUAGACGCCCCACUUACCAACUUUAACAAGUUCUGGUUCUUCCCUCCGCGUGGUCAAGACCAAAUGGAGGCAGCGAGUGGUAAACCUCCUGCCAGCGGAAACGUUAGCCAGUACGUGCGAUGGAAAUUCGACCCAAAGGCCACCGACUUCCAUGUCGAGCCUGUUGUUUUAGUUGAUGCCGAUGGCGAGAUGCCAAAAGUUGAUGAUCGUUAUGUCGGCAAACCGUACAACACCCUCUUCUAUGCCAUGCAUGAUCCUACCAAGGGUAACGGCCCCGUCGGUGGUGUCUACAAUGCGAUUGCGAAGUGCAACGUGGGUACUGGGGAACUGACUUUUUGGUCUGCCGGAGACCAUACUGCUAUUCACGAGGUGGCAUUCAUCCCCCGCAAUCCAGAAUCGCCUGAGGCUGAUGGAUACCUGAUCACUCUCGCCAAUAGGCGGGAUACGGGUCUUUCGUGCAUCUUGAUUCUGGAUGCACAAAAGAUCACUGAUGGCCCCGUUGCUGUGAUUGAGCUUCCAUUCCGCCUUCGAAACGGAAUUCACGGAAGUUGGGUGUCGGCAACAGAGCUGGAUAACGCAAUUGACCUCUGUGACAUGUCUGGUGUCACCGAGAAGAUUCGUCAGGAAUUCGCUACCAAAGAAGUCACCUUCCCAGUACUCUGA